CCAACCCAGCCAAAAAUGAGUAAAAACUUAUUUAGUUUUGUUAAAUACCCACCGUCGUUUCAGUGCCUUAGCGGCUUAAGCCACAGUUGCUGCGUCCGUAAAUUAAUAAGCCUUGAGGUGGCAGAGGCGACAGGUGCGGCCAGGCCUGGCCAAGAGCCGCCCCUCGGCCGCCGGGCCCGGCAGCGAGCGCUGUCCUGCCCGGUCCCGUGUCAGCCCGGCCCGGCCCGGUCCCGCUCGGCGCUGGCGAUUCCGCCCCCGAAGCGCCGCCGGGCCGGCGGCUCCUCCUCUGCGCGGGGCGGGGGAUCUGCGCCCCGCCCGCUUCCUCCCGAGCCCUUUCCCCCGGCGGCAGCGGCGCAGGAGGCAGCGGCGGCAACAGCUCCGGAGAGCGCCAUGGCGGGGAACGGCGAGCGCACCUUCAUCGCCAUCAAGCCCGACGGCGUGCAGCGCGGGCUGGUCGGGGAGAUCAUCAAGCGCUUCGAGCAGAAGGGGUUCCGCCUCGUGGCCAUGAAGUUCGUGCACGCCUCUGAAGACCUUCUCAAACAACAUUACAUUGACCUGAAGGACCGCCCCUUCUUCCCUGGUUUGGUUAAAUACAUGAACUCUGGACCUAUUGUGGCCAUGGUUUGGGAAGGACUCAACGUUGUUAAAACUGGGAGGGUAAUGCUGGGGGAAACCAACCCUGCAGACUCCAAGCCUGGCACCAUCCGUGGUGACUUCUGCAUUCAAGUGGGAAGGAACAUCAUCCAUGGCAGCGACUCCGUGGAGAGUGCACAGAAGGAGAUCAACCUGUGGUUCAAACCCGCAGAGCUCAUCGACUUCAAGCCCUGUGCACAUGACUGGAUCUAUGAAUGAUGGAUUCAACAGUGAUCUGUGCCUUCCAAGACCUCAUCUCAUUCCAGCUGCUGCCCUGAGGGCAACCUCAGCUAUCUUAGUGCUGAAAGGGACUGUCCAAUAAAUGCCUGUGUGCUAA